UUAAAUACUUCCCAGCGCAUAUGAUUGCAAGUUCGUAACCAUAGAAACAAAAGAUACCAUGGCUGCCUAUCAAGGACCCUACCAGCAACCGCAAUACGCGCAAGCGCCUUAUCCGCAAGCUGCCUACGUGCCGUCACCGUAUCCGCAGCAGCCUCAUUACGGACAGCCUCCCUACGCACAACCUCAGUAUGCGGAAGCACCCAUCCCACCGGCUCCUUGUAUGCAACCGCCUUACGUGCAGCCCAUCCAGGGCGUAAUGCCCGAAAACCUGGAGACGUAUCCUGGUCUGGUUGUAAAGGAAACCACACAGGUUAUCGAUGCAAUUAUGGCGUCCGUUGGUGGCGCGUACGAAGCCGCGAACAAGUAUCAUGUCAAAGCUAUGCCGGUCGACAAGAGGUCGGGAACAGACCACGACGAGCCAGGCGCUUGGUUGCCUUCCUCGGCGGAGAUUGACCAGCUUCCCGAGGUCUUUUUCGUCGAAGAAGAAUCGUCCUGCCUUCUCCGUGCGUGCUUAGCAUACUGGGGCGGCCUCAACCUACGGGCCCUCAAGCUCCGUUACUACCACGCCAACUACGAGAAGUACUACGUUGACCGGCCUUGCAUGUGCGGCGGGUGUUGCUGUUGCCCGCUGGAGAUGACCGUGUACCAGAAAGGACCUGAAGGGGACCGCAUGGUUGGCAUGGUGGUCGAGGACUUUGACCCCUACUGCCUGCGAUGCUACCAAUGCUGCUGCCUCAACACUUAUUACCAGAAGGUGCUGGUGGGCGGCACCCGCGAGAGCCUGGUGCAUAAAUAUUCCCUGGUCAACCCGAUGUGCUGCUGCGGCCGGGUCAACAACUGCUGCGGCGCCACCUGCUGCAUCCCCAGCUUCUUCAUCGACAUCCUCGAGCCCAACGGCACGCUGGCGGCCGUAGCGCAGAAGACCUACGGCGGCGGCGACGGCUGCGCGGACUGCUGCCGCUGCGUCUUCGACUUCAACAACUACGUGCUGCCCUUCCCGCCAAAAGCCAACCACCACGAGCGGCUGAUGCUGCUGACGGGGCUGCUGAGUGUGGAGUACGCGUACCACAGCCGCAAGGGAGGCGAGGGCAACAACAACAGCGGUGGCAGCAGCUAGAGGUUUGCUGGUUCGCGGUUCAAUGCUGGUGGCUUGUCUCGGUUCGUGGGACGAUGGUGAUGGGUGGUGGAGUGAUGGGGCGGAUAACAUUUUGCCACUGCGGCGGCGGUCGGCUAGAAAAACACGUACUGAGGGGGCGAGCUGUGAGUUUGUGAGUGCUGGAGUGCUGAGUUCCCAGGCGGGUGGCCAAUGUCGCUGGCGUUGCUGGGCGCGGCUGUGGAGCUUUCGAGAUAAUGGCUUUCGAGGUAUUCACGUGAUCAGAGCUGGCGGUGAUUGAUAAUGAAUGUGGUGAAAACGUUGACGGGAUGCGGUACAUGCAGAUGACUGUUGAACUGCUUGGGUCUUCUUUUAUUCAAGCGUUGUGAAUUGCUUUCCUGAGUAUCUAGUGUUGAUUGAAGCAUUAUGUCUCGGGUCGCAACUAUGCGCCGGCUGGACGUGUAUUUCGGCAUCAUAACGUACGAAAAUUUGCAAGCAUGAAGACCGCUUUUGGUGUUCCGGGUAUCAUAUCUUCUCUUAUCCUUGAGCACAGUACCGUAACAUAACAUAUUGCAUGUCGAGCUUUAUCGGUAUUGCACCUUAGCAGCAUACGUUGGGCGCAUGCAUGAUCUGCUCCUUCAAUGCUGACGGCCGGGCCUCUUUGUCUUAUUCGGGUUGCAGUUGUCCUGUCGCGCCGCCGUUGGUAAAUACGUUGGUAAAGUACCGAUAUGCUGAAAGCAACCACUUGGUACCGGUAUGCUGGUAUCGUUCCGUACGGCAUAUCAUACGGACUGGGGAGCCUAUUGUAGUGGGCUACUGUCCUCCAGUGUAACUUCCGCUUCCUA